GAAAGGCGGGCUCCGAGGAGCGUCACGUUUCUGAAGCGAUGGCUUCCUCUGCUCCAUCAUCCUCCAACGACGCUCCGGACCCCACCCCAACGAAUCUGCGACCCACAACAUACGACACGUGGUGCGGCGUGGCCCACGGGUGCACUCGGAAAAUCGGCCUCAAGAUAUGCGGGUUCCUGCAGAGAACGAACAGCCUGGAGGACAAGGGCCGCCUCGUGAGCUCCCUGAAGGAGAAACAGUCCUCCAAGAGCCUGCUGGCCUGCGAGAACAGCGAGCGGGAAGGCCGAUUCAGGCGCACCGAGACGGACUUCUCCAACCUCUAUGCCCGAGAUUUGCUGCCCGCCAAGAACGGCGAGGAGCAGACCAUGCAGUUCCUACUCGAGGUCGUCGACAUUCUCCUCAACUACGUGCGGAAGACGUUUGAUAGGUCUACCAAAGUGCUGGACUUCCACCACCCGCACCAACUCCUGGAGGGCAUGGAGGGCUUCAACCUGGAGCUCUCGGACAACCCGGAGUCCUUGGAGCAGAUCCUGGUGGACUGCCGGGACACACUCAAGUACGGCGUGCGGACAGGUAGGUGCCCGUCCCGCCCGCACCGGCCCCCGGCAGCGCUGGGGCUGGCGGCGGCGCCGCCUCCCCUUGACGAAGCGCGAGCUGCUCUGUCUCCAGGGAGCAGUAUCAUUAGGUUUACAUAUGAAAUUGCCCCUGUUUUUGUCCUCAUGGAGCAAAUAACACUUCGAAAGAUGAGAGAGAUCAUUGGAUGGUCCAAUAAAGAUGGUGAUGGAAUAUUCUCCCCUGGAGGAGCUAUCUCCAACAUGUACAGCAUCAUGGCUGCACGCUACAAGUAUUUCCCUGAAAUCAAAACCAAAGGCAUGGCUGCAGUCCCUAAACUGGUUCUUUUUACCUCGGAACAUAGUCACUACUCGAUAAAGAAAGCUGGAGCUGCACUUGGAUUUGGUACAGACAAUGUGAUUUUGAUAAAAUGCAAUGAAAGAGGCAAAAUAAUACCAGCUGAUUUAGAGGCCAAAAUUUUGGAAGCAAAACAAAAGGGAUACAUUCCUCUCUUUGUAAAUGCAACUGCAGGCACAACAGUAUAUGGAGCCUUUGAUCCAAUACAGGAGAUUGCAGAUAUAUGUGAAAAAUAUAACCUCUGGCUGCAUGUAGAUGCUGCUUGGGGAGGUGGACUCUUAAUGUCCCGAAAGCAUCGUCAUAAACUAAAUGGAAUAGAAAGGGCCAACUCAGUCACUUGGAAUCCACACAAGAUGAUGGGAGUGUUGUUGCAAUGUUCUGCCAUUCUUAUCCGGGAAAAGGGUAUACUUCAAGGUUGCAAUCAAAUGUGUGCAGGAUAUCUUUUCCAGCAAGAUAAACAGUAUGAUAUAUCUUACGACACUGGCGAUAAGGCAAUACAGUGUGGGCGACACGUGGACAUUUUCAAGUUCUGGCUGAUGUGGAAGGCAAAGGGUACAGUAGGAUUUGAAAAUCAGAUCAACAAAUGCCUGGAACUGGCAGAGUAUCUCCAUACUAAAAUCAAAAAUAGAGAAGAAUUUGAGAUGGUUUUUGAAGGAGAGCCUGAGCACACAAAUGUAUGUUUCUGGUAUAUUCCACCAAGUCUCAGGGGCAUGCCGGACUGUGAUGAGAGAAGAGAAAAGUUGCACAGGGUGGCCCCGAAAAUCAAAGCCCUGAUGAUGGAGUCAGGUACUACCAUGGUUGGAUAUCAGCCUCAGGGGGAUAAAGUCAACUUCUUCCGAAUGGUCAUCUCAAACCCAGCAGCAACUAAAUCUGACAUUGACUUCCUCAUUGAGGAAAUAGAGAGACUGGGGCAGGAGCUGUAGUACAGUGGUCAAAUUAUUUAUUUCUCUAAUUCACUGUUUUCCAGUACUGGCUAUUUUUAAUCCAGUUCUGCAGAACAUGUUUUAAGGAAAUUCUCUUUCUGUAAGCUCCAAUCUCCUGAAACAUCUUUAAACAAAAAAUCUAUAGGAUACUGAAACAUAUAUGUAUUGGUAGAUAAUUUUACUGAGGGAACACGUGUUAUCUUGAAGUUGAAGUACUAUUGACUCUUACAUUGGUUUUGCUUAUUUUAGUAAGCAGGAAGUGAAUAAGUACUAAAAUAGAAAUUUAAGAACUCUACAUGGUAUAUAUGUACACUAUAAAUAAAUAUCUAUAAAUAAAUAUAUAUAUAUAUGAAAUAUAUAUAUAUAUGUAUAAGUGGUUAUAAACUUAGAUCCAAGCCACAGCAUGUUUUCCACCUUAAGAGAAAUAACGUUUCCUUCAACAACUAACUAUGUGGAUAAUGUGCUACAGAUUUUUCUGGCAGGUAAAAAUAGAUAUAUAGAAAUAUUUCUAAAAUGUAGAUUCUAGGAGCUAAAAAGAAAUGUUUCACAGUAUUAAAUCUUAUUGUUGGUGCUUCUCUCACAUACAAAACAGCAGUCUCUAACAGCACCUUUGAGUAAAAUAGUUGUACUUCCUCUUUAGCAUCACAUCGGGGAUAAUUGUAGCAGAGUCAUUGUAACAGGUAUAUAUUGCUGUAUUUUUAGAGGUUUAGAGGUUAAUUUGUGUAGAUUGUGUAUAUUAUUGUUAAAUGACUUUGUGUAAAAGGAUUUAAAUGUAAUAGUUUUACAGCAAGAUAACUGUUCAAUUGCAGGUAUAUGAAAUAUUUGCUUAUUUAUAUGCAGAGAUUUACCAUGCUAAAGAGUUGUCUUGUAUUUUCUUCCAUUUGUAAUGUAUCCUAUUUAUAUAUUACUGAAGUUCUAAAUAAUGUUUAUGGUAUUUUAGUGUAUUUGUGAGCCAAAGAAAACGUACAAAAAUAUUAGUUGACACUUUCAUUUAAAUAUAAUGCCCUCAGAAUAAUGACUUACAGAUAAUUUUACUGAUUAUAAGGAAUUCUAAAACUGUAUAUAGAAUGUCUAAUAAUGAAAUCCCUUUAAUUUAAUAGGAUUUUCAGUUUUAUUAAUUGUAAUGUCAGACUGUCUGUUCAGUGUUCUGAAUGCUUUCCUAGUGAAUACUGGUUGCUAACCAAGGCCCCUGUGAUUGUGUUAUAUUUCAGGACUAAUCUCUCUUAUUUUGGCUUAACUAAAUUCUAUAGAAAGAUUC